GGUCAAGGAUGGCGACAUCAAAGAUUCAUGCUGAUCGCAGCAAGAAGCUACACCAGCUCCUGAAGAAGACGAGCACGGUGAACCGCAACCGCAAGUCCCCCCGUCUGUACAUGAAGGGAACGUUGGCCGGUUACACCCGUGGCCUUCACGGGCAGGUCAAGAAAACGGCUUUAGUGCGCGUCGACAACGUCAACGUCCGUAGCGACGCGGAGUGGUACGUCGGCAAGCGCGUGUGCUACGUCUACCAUGGCUACACGAUGAAGCGGUGUGUGCGCUGGAGCAAGGCCCCGGCCCGACGCAGCAACACGCGCGCCCUCUGGGGACGCGUGACUCGUCCGCACGGUAGCUCAGGGAUGGUGCGCGUUAAGUUCAAUGGCGGGUCGGUCCCCGCAUCUGCCAUUGGUCGCCGCAUUCGUGUGUAUUUGUAUCCUAGUCGCAUUUAAUAUUGACCAUUGAACUGAUGUUCUCUUUUAUUAUUUAGGCUUCAUUCGAAAGGCCAAUAUUUCAGGA